AUGGGUGCCGUCGUAUCUUGUAUUACCUCGGUGUUCCGCGCUAUCGGCGCUGCCUUGAUGGCUGUCGUUAAUGGAAUCGGUGCCAUCCUCAAGGCCAUCAUCAACGGAGUCGUCGCCGUCUUCGACAUCAUCAUCUCUUGCCUCACCUGCGGUAGAGGUGGAGGCGGUCGCCGCAGAACGACUAGUGCGGUCUAG